AUGGCCGGGAACCUCCUCAUCGUUGUGCUAGUUGUGGUUGAUCAGCACCUGCACACCCCCAUGUACUUCUUCCUGUGGAACUUGUCUUGCUUUGAGACCUGCUACACCUCCACCAUCCUGCCCAGCAUGCUGGCCAGUCUCCUGACUGGGGACAGAACCAUUUCUGUUGGUGGCUUUAAACAAAUAAUAAAUCUCUACUACAAUGACAUCUACCAGGUGGAGCUUGUAAUUACCAUUGUGGCUACUUUAUUGACCCUGCCCCCAUUUACUUUAACUGUGACGUCCUACGUUUGUAUCAUCUGCACCAUCCUGCGCAUCCUUUCCACCACCGGGAGGCGAAAAGCCUUUUCCACCUGCUCCUCUCACCUCAUUGUAGUGAUGAUUUUCUAUGGGACCUUGAGCAUUGUGUAUCUGCUACCAAAAACCAAGACACUCAGAGAACUCAGCAAAAUGUUCUCUCUCUUCUACACAGUUCUGACUCCCAUGGCCAAUCCCUUCAUAUACAGCCUGAGAAACAAAGAGUUUUUUCUUUUUAACGAGAUGUUGUACAUCACGGUCCCCGUGGUCUUCCUUGCCACCCCCUUCACCCUCAUCCUCACCUCCUACACCCGCAUCAUCACCACCAUCACCAGCCACAUGCCAGAGAAUGCCAAGUUGCUGUCCCUCUUCUAUACUAUGGUCACCUCCAUGCUGAACCCCAUCAUCUACAGUCUGAGGAACGAGGAAGUGAAGGGGGCACUGGGGAGGAGAGUGGCCGGGAAGAGGUUGUCCCCAUUACAUUAA